UCUCCGUGUCCUCACGACUCCUCCGCUUCCCCCCCUUCACCAUCGAACCGGAGCUGGGAUCAACACACACGCCUGUUCGUUGGCAGCGAGACACUACUGCAUCAGCCAGGACACAGCGAACACUAGCACCAUGGCCGGCGGAGGCGACGCGGGCGCCGGCGCCUUUUACGAUGCCGCGCUGCACAAGCGGCAGGCCCUCAUGGGCAAGAGCGGCCCCUUGGCGCUGUGGAAGAACUUCCGCGUCUUCCGGAUCGCGGCGUUCGCCUGUAUCGGUGGCGUGCUCUACGGCUACAACCAGGGCAUGUUCUCGGGCGUGUUGGCCAUGAAGUCCUUCGGUCACCACAUGGGCGACUACAUCACCAACGACUCCAAGAAGGGCUGGUUGACGGCUAUUCUCGAGCUUGGCGCCUGGCUGGGAACGCUGCUCUCCGGUUUCGUCGCCGAGGCCAUCUCACGCAAGUACGGCGUGCUGGUGGCCACCACCGUCUUCGUCAUUGGUGUCAUUGUUCAGGCUACGGCGACCAUCAACGGUCACAAUGCCAUUCUGGCCGGUCGUUUCGUUACUGGUAUGGGCGUCGGGAGUCUGGCCAUGAUCGUCCCCAUCUACAACUCCGAGGUGGCACCCCCUGAAGUGCGCGGCGCUCUGGUCGCGACGCAACAGCUUGCCAUUACCUUCGGCAUCAUGAUCAGUUUCUGGAUUGACUACGGCACCAACUACAUCGGCGGCACCGGCGACACGCAGUCCGACGCGGCCUGGCUCGUCCCCAUCUGCCUGCAGAUCGCGCCCGCCGUCAUCCUCUUCGUCGGCAUGAUCUUCAUGCCCUUCUCGCCGCGUUGGCUGAUCCACCACGGCCGCGAGGACGAGGCCCGCAAGGUGUUGUCCAACCUCCGCGGCCUGCCCGAGGACCAUGAGCUGGUCGAGCUCGAGUUCCUCGAGAUCAAGGCGCAGUCGCUGUUCGAGAAGCGCACCGUCGCCGAGCUCUUCCCCAGCCUGCGCGAGCAGACCGCCUGGAACACCUUCAAGCUGCAGUUCGUCGCCAUCGGCAAGCUCUUCCAGACCAAGGCCAUGUUCAAGCGUGUCUGCGUGGCGACCGUCACCAUGUUCUUCCAGCAGUGGACCGGCAUCAACGCGGUGCUGUACUACGCGCCGUCCAUCUUCAAGCAGCUCGGCCUAAGCGACAACACGGUCUCGCUGCUCGCGACCGGCGUGGUGGGCAUCGUGAUGUGGAUCGCCACGAUGCCGGCGGUGCUGUGGAUCGACCGGCUGGGGCGCAAGCCGGUGCUGACGAUCGGGGCGAUCGGGAUGGCGACGUGCCACAUCAUCAUCGCGGUGAUCGUGGCCAAGAACAUCGACCAGUGGAGCUCGCAGAAGGCGGCGGGCUGGGCGGCCGUGGUCAUGGUCUGGCUGUUCGUCAUCCACUUCGGCUACUCGUGGGGCCCCUGCGCGUGGAUCAUCGUGGCCGAGAUCUGGCCGCUCAGCACGCGGCCGUACGGCGUGUCGCUCGGCGCGUCCAGCAACUGGAUGAACAACUUCAUCGUCGGCCAGGUCACCCCCGACAUGCUCAGCGGCAUCACCUACGGCACCUACAUCCUGUUCGGCCUGCUGACCUACCUGGGCGCCGCCUUCAUCUGGUUCUUCGUGCCCGAGACGAAGCGGCUGACGCUCGAGGAGAUGGACGUCGUCUUCGGCUCCCAGGGCACUGCCCAGGCCGACUUCGAGCGCAUGGAGGCGAUCAACGCCGAGAUCGGUCUCACCCAGCUCCUCCGUGGCGAGGGUGCCGUCUCCGACUCCGCGGCUGAGAAGCCCAGGGUCGGUGAGACCACCGAGACGGUGUAAGAGAAGGCCUUUGCAUUCCAAGGACGGAUUCGAAAGACAUCGAGCUGAAUGACCGACUCUGAAAAAUCUGUCUCCGCUUCAUCAUCAU